AUGCCAACCGUGACCUCCGCUCGAGCACACAAGUCUGUUCUGCUCGACGGUGUCAAGCUCCCCAAACCAGCCCUUAGUCCUGGUGAGGCUGAGUCGGUACGUCGCUCCAACGAGCGCGGUGGCUUCCGUGGCCGCGGUCGUGGAGGCGGAGGUGGUCGGGGAGGCUACAAUGAUCGCCGUAACGACAACAACCGCAACGACUACCAGAAUGGCGGUGGACGAGGAGGUUACCAGAAUGGUCGUGGAGGCGGCAACUGGGACAACAACAAUAGAGGUGGCUACGGUGGCGGCCAAGCUGGCGGCUACCCACCACCACCCCCCAACUUUGCGCCUCCAUUCCCCGGCGGCAACUUUCCUCCUUUACCCGGCGCGAACUUCCUACCUCCCCCACCCCCAGGUUGGGUCCCUCCACCCGGCGUAGGCGGCUGGCAAGGCGGCGCUCCUCCCUACGGCGCUCCACCCGUCCCACCACCCGCCGGCCAACGGCCCGCCUGGAUGGCCAACUCCAACCAGCAACACGGCGCACCACCGCCUCGCCAGGCCCCAAACAACAGCUCCCUCCGUGACGAACGCUUCUACCGUCCCGCGGACGAAAUUCUCGGGCGCAGCGCACCGGGAAGCGGUGGAUACCAAAACAACAGCAACCCUUACAGUGAUCGUCCACCCAGAGACGAUAGGGGAAGUCGUGGCAGCAGGGGCGGACGAGGCGGACAUCGCGGUGGUGGCGGAGGUGGCGGAGGAUACCAGGGUAACCGCAAUUCUUACAACUCGAAUGAUUAUCGUUGA